AUGAUGUGGGCCGCAUGCGUCUUGCUGACGGCGCAAGCGCUCGUCCCGCCGCCGCGGCGCAUCGCUCGCAGCCCCGCGCGCCGCGCCCAGUCGGCGGCCGCCGACGCCGCCGAGAAGACGUGGCGGAGCCGGCGGCGGCUCGCGCGCGCGGCGUUCGACGCGCGCUGCGCCUGGGACCGCGCGGCGGCGCAGGCGGAGCUGGAGCGGGAGGACGAGGAGGAUCUGGACGUGGUCCAGUCCACGGUGUCGACGACGGCGUUCGGCGUCGUCCUCGUGGCGCUUGUCGUGCGGUUCGGCGGCCGCGCGGCGCUGCUCCAGGUGCUGGGGUUGGACGUGGGCGCGGACCAGGAGAUCGCGCAGCGCAUCGACGAAUUUGUGGUGUGGGCGCGGAGCUUCAGCGUCGCCGGCUUCGAGGAUUUUGGUCUGUUGGUCGGCUACGCGGGGGCGUUCACCGUGGCCAAGGUGCUGUGCCUGGACGCCCUGACGUUCCUGCUGGCGGUGUCGUCGGGCGUCCUGUUCGGAGGCGUGGUCAAGGGCGCCCUGGCGGCGACGGCGUGCGCGACGCUCGGGAGCACGGUCGCGUUCGGCAUCGCGCGCUACGGGCGGCCGCGGCUGCGCGAGAAGCUCCUGGUUUUGGUCCGGCGGGACCCGAAGACGCGCGCGCUCGAGCGGGCCGUCGUCGAGCGCGGCUUCGCGACGGUGCUCGUCCUGCGCCUCGCGCCGCUGCUGCCCAUCCCGAUCGGGGGCUACAACUACCUGUACGGGGCGACGGCCAUGGACCUCGUCCAGUUCGUGCCGGCCAUGUUCCUGGGGUCGGUCAAGCCCUACGCCUUCGACGCGUACCUGGGCGUCGUGGGCAAGCAGGUCGUCGACGACGUCGCGGGCGGCGGCGCGGCCGCGCCGGGGCUGUCGGACCCGGUCAUCAUCGGCGUCUUCGCGGCGUUCCUGGCCAUCGGCGCGCUGUCGUCGGAGCUCGCGGGCCAGGCCUGGCGCGAGAUCGAGGAGGCCUCCGCCGGCGACGACGACGACGGGGAGUACCCGGACGGCGACUGGCUCGACGUGCUCGAGGCGCGCGAGUCGGCGCCCUGGCGCGCGUGGGACGGCGUCGCCGCGCGAGUCGCGGCGCGCGAGCCGGCGUGGUCCGCGGACCUGCGCGCGCGCGGCCGCCGCGCGCGCGCGGCGCUGCGGGCGAUGGCGCGCGACGAGCUGGCCCUCGCGCGCGCGGAGGACGCCGUCGUGCGCGCCGAGGAGGAGCUGCCGCCGCGCGAGGCCGGCGCCGACGAGGCGGCGCGGCGGCGGGCCUUCGUCGGCGCCUUCCGCGUGCCGCCGCCGGCGCCCGACGCCGACGCGAUCGCGGCGGCGCCCGUGCCGCCGGGCGCGCUCGCGGAGCUCGACGUGCAGCAGGCGCUCGUGGAGUCGCUCCUCUUCUCGUUCGUCGUCGGCCGCGCGGUCUUCGACGAGGCGUCCCUCGUCGCCGAGGACGACGACGGCGCCGAGAGGUAA